UGCUCAGCCUCAACCAAAACAAACUCUACGAGGCGCGCUCGGCCGGGGGCGUGUCCUGCUCCGUGAGUGGGCGUGUCUCUCAGCGCUUUUGGGCGCCGUUUCCAUGCCCGCGGAAGUUAUACUCUGUUCGGCACGCUGAUGUAGGAUAGUCCGUGGUUUGAAGACUCAUGUAGGCCGCAGUGAUGCUGAAAACCGAGAGGAUUCUCCAUCUGAAAGUCCAGCGAGGCCGGAGAGUGCGAGCCGUGCGGGAGCAUUACCUGCGGGAAGACGUGAGCUGCGGGAGCCCUCUGUGUCAGAGCUGUGCCAGAGAUGGCAAGCUAUUGUCUGAGGAGCUGACACACUAUGUGGUACCAGAUUGCCGUGUGCUACAGGAUUACCAGGAGGUGUUUGAGUUUCCAGAAUUGCGUGGAAUAAUUUUCAUGCAAACUGCAUGUCAGGCUGUGCAGUUUCAAAGAGGACGCAGACAGUAUAUAAAGCUGCGUUCCAUAGUCCGUGAUGCUCGCCGUGACUGCAUUCUGUUCUCAAAUGAAUUCCAACAUCAUGCUUACCUCCCUCGAGAGAUCGGGGAGCUUGCAGAGGAUUGGCAAACCAGAUGCAUUUAUAAUUCCUGUGUGUGGUACUACCAGCACUGCCACAGGACAAUUCCUGUUGUUAUGGUGACAGAGGACGAGGCAGUUAUCCAGAAGUAUAGUAAUGAGACUGGAGGGGUGUAUGUGAUCUCAUUUAAGAAUUACCUUGAAACAUUCUGGCCAGAUCUGAAAGAGGCAGUGGAACUCUAUGAAUCUCUCAGACAGUCUCAACACGAGCGGGAGGUGGAAAGCCGAGAGAAGAAUGGCAAGGAGUACCAAGAGCAUUUGCCAACAGAGAUUUUGGAAGCUGGUAUCAAGUCUGGGAGGUACAAACAGGGUAUCCUCAAUGUGAACAAACAUCGGUCUCAGCUAGAAGCUUUUGUACGUCUCCAGGGCUUUGGUGGCAAAGAUACAGACCUGCAAAGUGAUUUACUGGUUCAUGGCAACAAGGCUCGGAACAGAGCAAUCCAUGGAGAUUUGGUGGCAGUGGAGCUUCUUCCAAAAUCUGAAUGGAAGGGAAAAACUGGAGCACUUUGUGAGAAUGAGGAGGAUGAGCGGACUGGGGACUCACAGACAGAAAUUAUGCCAACAGGCCGUGUUGUGGGUGUGCUUCAGCGGAAUUGGCGGGAUUAUGUGGCAACCUUGCCUUCCCAAGAAGAGAUUCAGACUCGGGGCAAAAACACUCAGAAGAUCUUGGUGAUACCUUGGGACUACAGAAUACCCAAGAUCCGUAUCAGCACCCAGCAAGCCGCUGCCUUGCAGGAUUAUCGGGUGGUUGUGAGGAUUGACUCCUGGGAGUCAACAUCCCUGUACCCCAAUGGACAUUUUGUACGCACCCUGGGACGUAUUGGAGAUUUGGAGGCUGAAGUUGCUGCUAUCUUGGUAGAGAACAGUGUUGGCGUUAAUCCAUUCUCUGAGGCACAGCUGGCUGAAAUGCCCACUAACACCCCUGAUAACCCUUGGAGAGUUGAUGAGAAUUUCAGUGGACGUUUGGACCUGCGUAGGACUCAUCUGGUUUUCAGUAUUGACCCACAGGGCUGUGAAGAUGUGGACGAUACACUUUCCAUUCGGGCUCUUCCUACCGGGUACUUGGAGCUGGGUGUGCACAUUGCUGAUGUCACACAUUUUGUACAGGCUAAUUCCUACACUGACACAGAGGCUCGAGCUAGAGCUACCACAUAUUACCUCGCAGACAGACGCUAUGACAUGCUACCACCAAUCCUAAGCGCAGACCUCUGCUCUCUUCUGGGAGGUGUAGACAGAUACGCAGUCAGUGUAAUCUGGGAACUGGACAGUAAAACCUAUGAGAUCCGGAGAGUGUGGUACGGUAGGACCAUCAUCCGCUCAUCCUAUAAGCUUAGUUAUGAGGUGGCUCAGCAGCUGCUGAAUGGUGACCUGGAACCUCUGAACACAGAUUCUGAGCUUCAGCCUCUUUCUCAGAACCCUGCACGUCUGGAGCAGCUGUUGUGGGCACUGCGCAAGCUAACAGAGGUAGCACAAGCUGCAAGAUUCCGGAGAGACAUCAGUGGAGCUCUAGAGUUGGAAGGAGUUGAGGUACGGGUCCAACUUGGUGAGGAGCACAGCAUUGAUGAUCUGAUUCCUAAACAGCCCCUUCAAGUCCAUGAGACAAUUGCAGAAUGCAUGAUCCUGGCCAAUCACUGGGUGGCCAAGAAAAUUUGGGAGAGUUACCCCCAGCAGGCAUUAUUGCGUUUGCACCCACCUCCGCGCCAAGAAUUCUUCAAAGAGCUAAAAGAGUGCGCACAAGCAUGUGGGUUUACCAUUGACACAAGGUCAAAUAAGGCUUUGGCUGAUUCCCUUGAUAAAGCCAAUGACCCCACCGACCCUUUAGUUAACCGAUUGCUGCGGACAAUGGCAACACAGGCUAUGUCUAACGCUCAGUACUUUUCCACUGGCUCAUACACAGAGGAUGCGUUUUAUCACUACGGUCUUGCUCUGGAUAAAUACACACAUUUCACUUCUCCAAUCCGUCGAUAUGCGGAUAUCGUGGUACACAGACUGCUUCUAGCAGCCAUCAACAGUGGCUCAAAAGGUCAUUUGCUUGGGAACAAGGAUCUUGACGAGCUCUGCCGUCACAUCAAUGCUCGCAAUCGUGCAGCCCAACAGUGCCAGAAGCAGUCUGUCGAACUCUUCCAGUGCAUGUUCUUUAAAGACAAGGAUCCAGACAUUGACCCACGCUGCACCUGUGAUGCUAUAAUAUAUGCCAUUCGAACUAAUGGUGUGCUCCUCUUCUUGCCCAGGUAUGGUAUAAAAGGUGCAGCAUACAUGAAGAAUACUGAAGGCCUGGUGCUCUCUAGCAACGAAGAUGGAAGCUGUCACUGGACAUCUGGACAUUUGCAACGCCUCUCAGACCGAAUCACAGUCAGUGCACAAACUGGAAAGUCCACCUCCUUUUGCCUUUUUGACCAUGUGACUGUGCGUGUCAGAAUUCAAACCGCUCGUUUCCACCCAGAUAACAUUCGUUUAGAAAUAAUCGCCAACAAACCCCAUGUUGAUCCAGCAGGCCUGCCUUUAACCUCUAACAAUCUGCAUGUAAAAACUGAUUUAGUGAAGGAAGUUACACAAACUGUGUUGGAGGCUCAGCUGGCAGACGAAGAGGCUGAAGCACAAAAGUUGGACGUACAGAAUCGGGAGUACCGUCAAACACAGGGCCGUAGUCUGUACACUAUGCUGGAGGAGCUCAGAGACCUGGCACUGUUGGAUGUUUCAGGGGCUUAGAAAUGAUUACCCCACAGCAAAAAGGUUCAGGCCAAACAGUAUCUGCUUCCUCUCUGAAUUUUGCUUAAUUUAAAAAAAAAAA